AUGGAUGUUGGAAAUGAAGAGUCUGUUAGAAUGGAACCUGGCAUUGGUAGGAGGUCUUCUCCAACCCAAUCUAAAUGGAGAAAAGUUGCUUAUGGAGGGAUGCAGCCUGGAUUUGAAGACAACCACACUGACGAGUCUUUCCUAGAAGAUAUGAUUAUGAAUGCCAGUGUUGUUAAAAGGGACUUCCUAAAGGUGAUGCUAGACUCAGUUUCCAUCUCUCAGUACGUGUGCAUUGUUGCUCUUGUGGUCCUGGCCUGGACCUACACCCUUAGAUCUACCUUCAAUGAAAACUCUCUCAUGCUUCUUGAUGUUAUCCUUCUUGGGGCAGGAUUCUUUGUUAUUCUAUUAACUGCCGAAAUGCUAUCUUUUGAUCUUCUCCUCAGUUAUAUUCUUAAAAUCUUCUUUUUUAUAACUGGUUUAUAUGUCUUGUCUCCUAUUUACCACACAUUGACCCGAUCCAUAAGCUCGGAUUCCAUCUGGGCAUUAACAGCUUCGCUUCUCGUACUCCAUCUCUUUCUGCAUGACUACUCUGGUUCCACUGUGAAAGCUCCUGGAGCUCUAGAAAAUCCAACCUUUACUAGAAACAUCUCCCUUAAUGCUUCUAUCGUGGCUUCACUUUUAAUUGCAUCUCGCCUUCCAUCAAGGCUUCAUGUUUUUGCUAUUGUGCUAUUCUCCUUGCAAGUUUUCCUAUUUGCUCCAUUGGUCAGUUAUUGUAUAAAGAAAUGCUCUUUUCGGUUGCAUCUAUGUUUUUCUUUCGGGUUAAUGGCUGCAACACUGUUUUUCGUUUAUAGGUUGCAUGCAUUACUUUUUGUGUUAUUGUCGGGUGUUUUGGUUUUUGUAAAUUUAGUGGGUCCUUAUUGGCUCAUUAGGAUUCAAGAGUACAAGUUUGAGAUCAAUGGACCCUGGGAUGAGGCUAAACUCUGUUUUAACAUAACAGAAUGA